AAAGUGGGCCAAAUUGUUCAAGGGUUGUAAAAUAUAGCGAAAGCCUCUCAGAGGACUUUUGCAGGACGAAAAAACAAGGGGGAAGAGCUUGCAGAGAAAGAGGAGGCUGAGUCGCCACUACAUACUAUUCGCCAAUCUUUAGUAGCGGACUGCUUCAUUCGGAAAUAGUUGCUGUUGUUGCUAGUAGAAAUGUCGUCCUUAAGGAAUGCUCUUCCCAGAAGAGCUCACAAGGAACGAGCACAACCGAGUUCGAGGAAAAAGUUGGGGCCUCUUGAGAAACAUAAGGACUAUGUCGUGCGUGCCCAGGCCUUCCACAAAAAGGAGGAAACUAUUAGGAAACUCAAAGAAAAGGCCGCCUUCAAGAAUCCUGAUGAAUUUUACUUUAAAAUGAUAAACACAAAAUUGGUUAACGGAGUCCAUAUGCCAGAGAGCCAGGCAAAUAAGUACUCUGAAGAAGAGCUUAUGUUGAUGAAGACCCAAGAUAUUGGAUAUAUUAUGCAGAAGAUUCAGUCUGAGAAGAAGAAAAUUGAAAAGCUGACUUCCGUGUUGCAUUCUACUGACAAUCAACCAUCAAACAAACAUGUACGCUUUGCAGAGGACAGGGAUGAAGCUAAAGAGAUUUUGGAACAGAUUUCAAGAAAAGAGAGCAUGCCUACUAUUGACAUCCCAUAUCGAAUCAAAAAGAAAACGAGUGUGUCAUACAAAGAGCUGGAGGAGAGAAAAAACAGACUGAAGGGGUUGGAGAAACUAUACGAGGAUAUGGCAUUGAAAAAAGAGCUCCAGAAAAAGGGCAAGAAGCGCAAACUUCGUGAAGAUGAGAUAGUCAGUCCAACAUCCAAACCAGUAUACAAGUGGCGGCAAGAAAGAAAACGUUGAAGCUCCAUGAUAUCUAAAGUUUAUCGUCUUACCCAGCUGAUUAUCUACAUCUAAUGUGACACUAGGUGCUUGAAAUUUGUUUGUUGAUGUGUUUAAAUUCGAAGAUGAGUUUAUCAGAUGUCCCAGAAUUUUCCUUGUGAUUAGAGGCAAAGUUAAGGGGAAGCUUCAUUCUCUAGAGUAGAAGCAGCUUACAUGUAUCUUCAACCUUUUUAGUUUUUACCUGAUAAAAACAAUCCAGCUGUGUACUCAUGCAUAAAACCCUAAACAAUAGACAGUGUUAUUUGAAACUGUUCUGAUUCCUUUGUAUGAGCACAUUCAGUUCCUGAAGGGACUUGAAUUUCCGGUAAAAUUUGUAGUGUAUUAUAAAUAGUAUUAUAAAUAGUUCAA